UCUGUGAUUGCGACGUGCUGGGUCGUUUUACGGCAGGUCGCAGUCUGAAGUUCAAAAAGAGAGCAUAACAACAACACAGACAUGAGUCUGACUUUCAGCAGUCAGUGAUGAAUAAAGUGAUGAUCAUAGACGAUCGCAACAAAGGAUCUUAGCAGAGAAAAUGGCUAGUACCAUGGUGGCCGUGGGUCUUACCCUGGCAGCGGCAGGGUUUGCAGGUCGCUACGCAAUGCAAGCUAUGAAACACUUGGAGCCACAAGUGAAACUAGCUCUGGAGGCAUCCAAAUCGGCUUUUGGUAGCGGAUACUACAGAGGUGGUUUUGAACCAAAGAUGACCAGGAGAGAAGCUUCCCUUAUUCUUGGCAUCAGUCCUACCGCUAACAAAAACAAGAUCAGAGAGGCACACAGAAAGCUGAUGAUUUUAAACCAUCCUGACCGAGGCGGAUCCCCAUAUCUGGCAGCAAAAAUCAACGAGGCUAAGGAUUUACUUGAUGGACAGAUUAAGAAAUAGAUUGUCGUCGAAUGUUUGAUUGAGCCCUGUCUGAUGCACUUGAAUUCUUACGUGAUGAUUAAACACCAUCUUGUCAUCUA